CGGCAGGGAGCGUACAUCGGGGCGAGAAGCGCGUUCGGAGAUCUUCCCAUAAAGGAGAUGGACCCGAAAGUGCUGGAGGAGCACUUCGAUUCCUGCAUCACCACCAACGGGGAGAAGCCCGGUGACCAGAGUUUCGAGAUCAUCAUCAACUACAAGAAUCUGAUGAGACGCCAGCGAGAGCCCGGGCAGUCGGACAAGCGGAGCAUUGGCCAUCCUCACCAAUUGGAGGACGAGAUGACUCCAAUCGCAUACAUCGCCGAUUCCAAGGAGCUGCGUUACCUGCUGCAGUACCCGCUAAUCUCGAGUUUCCUCUUCCUCAAGUGGCACCGCCUCUCGGUGAUCUUCUAUCUGAACUUUCUACUCUACUCUCUCUUCACUGCCUCCAUUAUCACGCAUACGCUCCUUAAGUUCCACGAAAGCGACCACACGGGCCUGACUGCCCUCUUCGGCCUGUUCUCUUGGAUAGGGAUUGUGUAUCUCAUGAUCCGAGAGGUCAUACAGCUUGCCAUGUCGCCGCUGCUGUACUUCAGGUCCAUCACGAACCUGAUGGAGGUGGCUCUCAUUGUCUUGUCGAUCCUAACCUGCAUGGAAGCCAGCUACGACAAGGAGACGCAGCGCAUACUGGCCGUCUUCACCAUUCUGCUGGUGUCCGUGGAGUUCAGCCAGCUGGUUGGCUCCCUGCCAGUACUCUCAAUUUCGACGCACAUGCUCAUGCUGCGCGCCGUCUCCAGCAGCUUCAUCAAGAGCUUUGCUCUCUACUCGAUCUUUGUGCUUACGUUUAGUCUGUGCUUCUACAUACUGUUUGGCAAGCCCCAGGUGGAUUCCUCCUCUCCGAAGGACAGCACGCCAGAGCCAGCAAAGGAGGGAGAAGAUGAUGGUCACUUCAACACAUUCUCCGUGCCCAUCGAGGCGCUCAUCAAGACGAUUGUGAUGCUCACGGGAGAAUUUGAUGCCGGUGACAUAAAGUUUGACAGCGUCUACACUUACCUGAUCUUCCUGCUCUUUGUGUUCUUCAUGACCAUUGUGCUGUUCAAUCUCCUGAAUGGUCUGGCUGUCAGCGAUACUCAGGCCAUCAAGGCCCAGGCGGAACUGAACGGCGCCAUUGUCCGCACCAAUCUG